AUGGUUAUUAUACUUGUAAGUAGAUCUUUGAAUUGCAUACAGAUAGGUGAUAAAAGCUACUUAGAUUUAGAUAUAAAUAUAAGAUGUUUCGAUCCUAAAUAUCACAAACCUUUUAUAUUUUACUUUAGUCUACCAUUAUUAGUUCUUUGGGUGAUAAUAAUUCCUCUGUUUCUUUUUAUUAAAAUAAAAUAAGGAAAGUUAAAAAAAUGGUCAAUAUUUAUUGAAAUAAAAUAUUCAUUUAUAUUUGCAGGAUACAAAGAAAAAUUAUAUUAUUGGGAGUUUGGUAAAUUAGUAUAUAAAUCAUUGCUUAUUAUAAUUUCAAUAUUGAUGCAAUAGAACGAAGUACUUAAGAUAUGCUUGAUGAAUGUUGCUCUUUUAUUUAAAAUAUUUGUAAUAUUCAAAUUCAAACCAUAUAUUAGCAAAAACUUUAAUAGUAUCUUGUAGAAAUCUGCUAUAAUAUGUGCUUUAUCAUUAAAUUUAACUUCAGUAAUUUAAAAUGUAUCAAAUCCAUACUAAUAAGCCAUAUUAUGUAUAUUUCUAAUUUCUCUUAAUUUGAAAUACAUUCUAUAAUUAGCUUUUGGUAUAAGCUCAAGAACUAUCUCAAGUGAUUAAUUAAAAAGGAACAAAAUAGAAAAUUGUUUAAUUUAUUUUAAGUAGAAAUAUCCAUCUUUGUUUGAAAAUAUUCAAAUAGAAAAUAAAAAUAAAAUUAAAUCGUUAAUAAAAUUAAAAAUUGUUAAAAGUAAAGUCAAAAUGUUAGUUGAAUAUUUUAAAAAUCAUAAUUUUUAUGGCAUAGAAUCAGUACAAUAACAUUUUAAUUUACGAACUUAAAUUGCAUCUUCUAAAUCAACAUAAAAGAUAGUAACAAAUAGAUUUAUUUUAAAUAGUAAAUAAGAAAGUCCUACCUUGUAUAGGAAGUAAAAUUCUUUUAAAAACAUGAGAGAUAAAUGGGAUUACUAUACAAGAAGAACUAAAGAUAGCCCUUUAAAUACUAAUCGGUUUAUUAAUGAAGAUAAAACAUAAGACUAUAUUAAAGAAACAUCAAUAAUGGAAAUAGGAAAUUUAUAAACUAAUAGUGAUGAUCAAGGAAAACAACUAAUUUCUAAUAUUGAAUUGAAUAAAAAAUAUUAAGAAAUGCUUACUUUAGAUAGUUGA